AUGCUUGAGCCUGCAGUCGACAAAACUGGUUCGACAGCGUACCACUUGGUAGUUCUUGUGCAUGGUCUGUGGGGAAAUAGGUCGCAUUUGGAAUACAUCUCCAACGCACUGAAGACUGAGUUUGAUUCUCGCAACAGGAGCAACUCCGGCGAACAGCUCUUUGUUUAUACAGCCCAUCUCAACGAGGGUUACAAAACCUACGAUGGUAUAGAUGUGUGUGGCGUGCGUGUUGCUAGCGAAAUUGAGGAGCAAAUCUCCGCGCUGGGGUCCGUAACCAAGUUCUCAAUCUGCGGAUACUCCCUUGGCGGCCUCAUCUCGCGAUACGCCCUGGGUGUGCUCUACAAGCGCCAGGUAUUCAAGAAACGAGACAUUAAGCUCGUUAACUUUACCACGUUUUGCACUCCGCACGUAGGUGUAUACGCCCCUGGUAAGAACGCGGCCGUUAAGCUGUUCAACGCGGUUGUGCCGCUGGUUUUAGGCAACAGCGGCAAGCAGAUGUUCUUGAAAGAUAAGUCCAAGCUCGCGGGCGGCCUCCCGCUUGUCCUUGCGAUGAGUAUGGAAAACUCCGUGUUUUACAAAGCGCUACAGGAGUUCGAGUCGAAGUCGCUCUACGCUAAUGUCAUCAACGACAAGCGGACCGCUUGGUGGACCUCUGGGAUAUCUCGAAACGACCCAUUUUUCGACAUUGACGAGAACAAUGGCCACCACCGCUUCUGCUACGUGUCUGGGUAUGGCCCCAUCGUGGUCGACCACACGAAGCCUGUCAAAAUUUCCAGGAUUGAGGACUUCAACGAACGCGCCGAGGAAAAGGCGCGUCCACGCCAAAGUGGAGAAAAUAUGAAGGUAGACAAACAGGAGUACUUUUUCUUAAACUACUGGAUUGCGAAGCUGGGGAGGUGGCUGAUGGUGCUCAUCAACCUACUGUUGAUAGCACCUUUAUGGGCAUUAUGGUUCGUCAUUUCAGGAACCACAGAGACCAUCAAAUCCACCAUCAGAGUAACUAAGUUUGUUAAAGGCUACUCCCACCAAUUCAUUCAAGAGAUAUACGACAUACCUUCGUCUCCAGACCAUGAAGACGAUAUGAUCGAGACACUUCCAGACACACCCGGGGAAUACGAAUUGCAGUUUCAGCAGUCUUUGCAGGACCAAACUGAUACUUUUAUUGAAAGUGUGCUCAGCGCCAUUGAAAGGAAAAACACGCUCUCGGCGGUGGUUGACGAAGCUGAGCCUUGUGACGAGAAGAAUAUGUCGGACGAAGGGGAUACGGGCAAAGACUUCUCCAUGCGAACGACACUGAAAGAGCUGGAAUUGUACUCAGUUGAAGCAAUCAAGGCCCGACACUCAAGGUCCGCCAGCAAUGAGAAGUUGCCAUCGCUUGAAAACUUGCACCUUGAGCUAGGCCCCGCGCAGCUGCAGAUUAUUGACUCUCUAAACAAGAUCCCGUGGUCUAAAUUUCCCGUGUACAUCCGGAACACCCCCAGUACUCACGCCUGCGCCAUUGUGCGGCACGGCGACCCCAAAUUCGGCGAGGGAAAGGUCAUUGUCAAGCACUGGGUCAGCGAAGUCUUCAGCUUUUGA